AUGGCGCGGUAUGGUUGGAGUAGAGAUGGUGGUGGAUCUGACAAGGGAGAUGAAGCCGAUGAGCAAUGCACUGACUCAAGAUCAAAGCCAACGCGGACCGUGGCGUGGAGCGUGGAGCGUGCAGAGUGCACAGAAUCAGUCACUGGGUUUGAGUCGCAGCUACCCAGCUCGAGAGAGAAGCAGACCAGCCAGACAGCAGCCAAUUCAAAACUGCAAAAGAAGUGGAGCAGAAACGCCGCUUUUGUUGCCAACCAAUCGAACGAGAGAGAGAGCGAGCGAGUCGUGACUGUGCUUUGGGCAUACGAGCAGGACCAACCUUGA